UGCAAUGUCUAAAACCUUUGCCAACAGCUUAAACCCUGAAAAGCAUAUGCCUUUGGCCACCCAACAACAACAACAACAACAACAGUAUCCAUGGUGGUUUUCACCAGAUACAGGAAUCUACCGCAGCAUACACCCCAAUGUUAACCUCCCCACUGACCCUUUUCUUGAUGUUGUGUCAUUCAUUUUAUCCCACAGCCACAAUGGGGUUUCAGCUUUGAUUGAUUCCUCAUCUGGGUUUUCAAUAUCUUACCCAAAGUUCUAUUCUUUGGUCAAGUCCAUGGCCUCUGGACUCCACAAAAUGGGUGUAUCACAAGGUGAUGUUGUUCUGCUUUUGUUGCCUAAUUCUGUUUACUAUCCCAUUGUUUUCUUGGGUGUUUUGUAUAUUGGUGCUGUUGUUACUACCAUGAACCCUUUAAGCAGUGUUGUAGAGGUCAGUAAACAGAUUAAGGAUUCCAAUGCAUGUUUUGCUUUUACUGGAUUGGAAAAUGUUGAUAAAUUGCAAGCAUUGGGUAUUACUGUAAUUGUAGUUCCAGGAAAUGUAAUGUUGGAUGUAAAGAAAGAAGUGUUUUCAGUGUUUUAUGAGCUUAUUGAUGGUGAAUUUGAUUUGGCUCCAAUGCCUGUGAUCAAGCAGCAAGACACUGCGGCGAUAUUGUUUUCAUCAGGGACUACUGGUGUGAGUAAAGGUGUUUUGCUAACACAUGGGAAUUUGAUAGCCACAGUAGAGCUUUUUGUGCGAUUUGAGGCUUCACAAUAUGAAUAUUCAAGCUUGAAGAAUGUGUAUUUAUCUGUUCUGCCAUUGUUUCACAUAUACGGGAUGGCGCUUGUUGUGGUUGGGUUAUUGUCUUUGGGAUCUAGCCUAGUUGUUAUGAAGAAAUUUGAUGUUAAUGAGGUGGUCGCGGCAAUUGAUAGGUAUAAAGUAACACACUUCCCAGUUGUUCCACCCAUAUUGAGAGCAUUAACAAAGAAGGCAGAGGAUAUUGGGACACAAAGUCUCCAGAGUUUAAAGCAGGUAUCUUGUGGAGCAACUCCUACAAGCAUGAAAUUAAUAGAGGACUUGGUUCAGACCCUUCCUCAUGUUGAUUUUAUUCAGGGAUAUGGCAUGACUGAAACGGCUGCAGUAGGAACUCGUGGUUUCAAUACUGAAAAGAUUAGGAAAUACUCUUCAAUUGGACUCUUGGCUCCAAACAUGCAAGCUAAAGUAGUAGAUUGGAAUACCGGAUCCUUUUUGCCGCCAGCUAGUAUUGGUGAGCUAUGGUUACGAGGACCUUCAAUUAUGAGAGGUUACUUGAAUAAUGCAAGCGCAACUAUGUCAACAAUUGAUAAUGAUGGUUGGCUGCAUACUGGGGACAUCAUUUAUUUUGAUGAGGAUGGAUACUUAUAUAUACUUGAUCGCAUAAAAGAAAUCAUCAAAUACAAGGGAUUUCAGAUUGCUCCUGCAGAUUUAGAAGCUGUGUUGAUCUCGCAUCCUGAGAUACUAGAUGUUGGAAUUACAGGUGCUACCGAUGAAGAAUGUGGAGAAGUACCAGUGGCAUUUGUGGUUAAGAAGCAUGACAGUAAGCUUUCUCAAAAGGAUAUCAUGGAUUACGUUGCAAGACAGGUUUCUCCACAGAAGAAGAUCCGUAAGGUGGUGUUUACACAUUCAAUACCGAGAUCUGCCGCAGGGAAGAUCCUCCGAAGGGAGCUCAGAACUUUUUUGGCUUCUAGGCUGUAGAAUUCCAGUUUGUAGCAAGAUAACUUUGCCGACAUGACUGAUUGAAGAUAUCACAAUGAA